ACUCUUGUGUAUAAAAGUCUCUCCCUGUCACUCAAUUCUAAACGUAGCUAAAAUUCUCUCUUUCAAUCUUUCAAAGGGAAAGGUCGAGGUUUUUGUGUUUAUUUUUUCCCAGAGCUCCAUGGGCUUCCCAGUCGGAUACACGGAUGUUUUCUUCCCGUACCUCUUUCUCCAUGGACUGUCACUUCUGGGUUUCAUCCGAAGCCUCAUUUUCUCGCUCUUUCGCUGCCUGGGUCUCUUGGAUAUCAUAGAAACCGACGCGACUUGGCCGGAAGACCCGACCCAGAUGCCCGAACAAAAACCCGUAUCCGAGCUCCUAAUCCAGGAAUUCCUGCCCGUUAUGAAGUUCCAGGACCACGCAGACUGCGCCGAAGUCGGAGAACCGCCGGAAAGUUGUGCGGUGUGUCUGUACGAGUUCGAGGGAGGGGAGGAGAUCAGGUGGUUGAGGAAUUGCAGGCACAUAUUCCACCGGGCUUGUAUGGACCGUUGGAUGGAACACGAGCAGAGGACGUGUCCUCUGUGUAGGACCCAGUUUGUGCCCGAUCAUGAGAUGAAGAGCGAGUUCAAUCAACGGCUCUGGACUGCUACUGGAAUACUUGAUCUUUACAGUGAGUACAGUGAGCAAAGCUCGUUUUCAGGGUUUUUGUAAUAUGGAUGAUGAUGGGGUUUUACUCAGCAUUUUGAAAUGUAUACAUGCAUGAGAAGUUUGUACGUAAAAAAUAAAAUAAAAAUACAUAUAAUAUAUUUAGAAAAUAUUUUAGGAUUUUUUUUUU